AUGCCUCAUGGCCGUCCUGCGAAACGAAGGCGGCUGACACCUCCAAUCGACGACAGCAUUCCUUCCGAAACCAUCAAGUCGUCUGACCUAUUUGUUCGAGCGGCGGACUGGGACCUCGAGCAGGAAUAUGAACAACGGUCCAGAAAUAAGAAGUCUAAAGAGUCCACCAGAUUACCCAUCAAAACUGUCGAAGGGAGGAUACAACAGGUACAACAAGCAGAAGAAAAGGAGCCCAAUUUUGAGGAUGAGUCCGACAGCUUCUUGGGAUCUGGCUUAGAAGAUGAGGCGGAUGAAUCGAAUGACACUCCUCCAACGGAAAAUGAACCUGUUGUCCAGAUUCCACUGAAACAACAAAUUCUCGCGGCAAAAGAAGAGAUUGCCAGACUUGCAGGCUUGCUGAACGAGGAUCCGGAAGAGCAUACAGGUUCUUUCAAGAAAUUGGCCCAAGUGGGUGGACAGGAGUCGCCCAUUGCCGUGCAGAAACUGGUUCUGGCUGCUCAAGCGGCCAUCUACAAAGAUGUAAUCCCCGGCUAUCGAAUACGGUCUUACAAGGACGAGGAGCUAGGCACAAAAGUAUCAAAGGACGUCAGAAGAACAAGACAGUACGAGCAGGCCCUUCUCACUGGCUAUCAGAGGUAUGUCAAGCAGUUGAGCAUUUUAGCACAAGGGAAGAAAGGAGACCAAGAGACUCUAUCCUUGCGAAGCGUCGUCAUCAGUUGUGUCUGCACCCUUCUUCUCUCCGUUCCACAUUUCAACUGCCGAAGCGACCUGUUGAAUGUCUUGGUACAUGAGCUGGCCAGUAGGGAAGCAACGCCCGAUUUUUUGAAAUGCAUUGAAACUCUGGAGAAGUUCUUCGCUGAGGAUGACGACGGCGCACCAUCUCUCGAGGCCGUCGGACUCCUCACAAAGAUGAUGAAGGCCAGAGAUUAUCAUGUCCGGGAGGAAGUCCUCAACACCUUCUUCCAACUACGACUUCUCUCUGAGUUGACGGCAGCGAGUUCCACCGCAAAAUCAGAUAAAUUGGAGGACACUUCCAAGCUACACGGCCGGAAAGUAAAGAAGGAGAAAUUGGGGCAUCGAUCAAAGAAGGAGCGCAAACUUGCCAAACAGAGAAAAGCCGUGGAAAAGGAUAUGCGAGAGGCUGAUGCCUUGGUCAACCACGAAGAGCGAGAAAAGAUACAAUCCGAGACCCUUAAGGUGGUAUUUAUCGCGUACUUCCGCAUCUUGAGAGCAAGAAUACCACACCUGAUGGGUGCUGUGCUUGAGGGACUGGCCAAAUAUGCACAUCUCAUCAACCAGGAUUUCUUCGGUGACAUUCUCGAGGCGCUCAAGGAUAUUAUUAACCAAGCUGAUGUGGCAGUUAAGCGGGACUUGGAUAUCGAGAACGAAGCGACGACAUCUUCUGAUCUGGUCGAUGGAGAAGGAAUCCGGAAUCGGACCCGUGAAAGCCUCCUAUCCACACAAACAGCAUUCACGCUCUUGUCGGGCCAGGACGUUUCCAAAGCAGCGUCAAGUUUGCGUCUAGACCUCUCGUUCUUCACCUCGCAUACCUACCGCUCUCUAUAUCCUUUGUCUUUGGACGCAGACAUCGAACUCGGACCGAAAUCGCUUCGUUUACCUGAUCCGCGCUCGUCGAACUCGUCUCAGAGCGCCACCAAUAGAAUCAACGUCUCGACACCCAUCCUUCUCCUAACCCGCGUUCUAACGUCCAUCAUCCUCACUCCCUCGCAACCCCCGCCGACACUGACGGCCGCCUCAUUUUACAAACGCCUCCUGACCGUCUCCUUGCAGUUGCCCGAGAAAUCUGCUCUGGCAGUGCUGAGCCUUCUGGCCAGGGUUGUGGACAAGCACAGCCGCAAGAUCGAAGCGUUGUGGUAUAGCGACGAGAGGAAAGGCGAUGGGGUGUUUAAAGGGGAGAGCGAGAGUGUGGAAGGGACGAAUGUGCUGGCUACAGGGAGCGGGGUCUGGGAAGGGGAAUUGCUAAGGAAGCAUUUCUGUCCCAAGGUCAGAGAACAGGUGGUGACCAUUGAUAAGAUGAUUGCUGGGUUGAUUAGAUGA